CGUGUACGUGCCCCGCCCCCCCCCCUCCGCUCAGGUCGGUAAUGGAUUCAGCUGGAUGAGGUGGAGAGGAGAGACAUGAACUUCUCUGAGGUGUUCAAACUGUCCAAUCAGCUGUGCCGGUUCUCCCCCAACGGGAAGUAUCUGGCCUCCUGUGUGCAGUACAGACUGGUCAUCCGUGAUGUCGGCACCUUGCAGAUUCUACAGCUCUACACCUGUCUGGACCAGAUCCAGCAUGUGGAGUGGUCAUCGGACUCCAUGUUCAUCCUGUGCGCCAUGUACAAGAGGGGGAUGGUACAGGUCUGGUCUCUGGAACAGCCGGACUGGCACUGCAAGAUCGACGAGGGCUCGGCAGGGCUGGUGUCCUCCUGCUGGAGCCCAGAUGGCCGUCACAUUCUCAACACAACAGAGUUUCAUCUGCGGAUAACUUUGUGGUCACUUAGUGCGAAAUCCGUGUCCUACAUCAAGUUCCCCAAAGCCUGUCAGAAGGGCACAGCCUUCACCAACGAUGGACGGCACAUGGCUCUAGCAGAGAGACGGGACUGCAAAGAUUACAUUAGCAUAUUUGUGUGCAAUGACUGGCGCCUACUAAGGCACUUUGAGACGGACACUCAGGACCUGACAGGCAUAGAAUGGGCCCCCAAUGGCUGUGUACUGGCUGCAUGGGACUCCUGUCUGGAGUACAAGCUGUUACUCUACUCUCUGGACGGACGCCUGCUGUCCAGCUACAGCGCCUACGAGUGGUCGUUGGGCAUCAAGUCCGUCGUCUGGAGCCCCAGCAGCCAGUUCCUCGCGGUUGGCAGCUACGACGAGAAGGUUCGAAUACUGAAUCACGUUACAUGGAAGCCAAUCAAAGAGCUGGCACAUUCCGCUACUAUUUCCAACCCAAAGACAGUUGUCUAUCGGGAGGUGGACAAAUGCCAGACUGCAGUUCCAAGUCAGCUUACCUUUCCUCCCCAUCGGGGGGCGCCAAGCAGCCUCUUUGCCGUCCACAGUAAAUAUGAGCUGGCUGAGCUGCCUGUGUCCUUACGCACCAUCAAACCUGACACGGAUCGCGCAAAUCCAGAAUUGGGCAUCGGAAUGCUGGCGUUCAGUCCCGACAAUCGAUACUUGGCAACCAAAAAUGAUAACAUGCCAUGUUCUGUGUGGAUCUGGGACAUCCAGAAGAUGAGGCUGUCUGUCGUGUUGGAGCAGACGUCAGCCGUGCGCUCUUUUCACUGGGACCCCGUCCAGCCUCGUCUGGCGAUCUGCACUGGAAAUAGCAGAGUGUAUUUGUGGUCUCCCAGCGGCUGUGUCUCCGUCCAUGUACCUGUAGAAGGUAAUUUCAGUGUCUUGUCCCUGUCUUGGCAUCCUCUGGGAGAAGACUCGUUGCUGCUUCUGAGCAAGGACCACCUGUGUCUGUGUUACCUGGAGGCUGAAGAACGGUGACGUCAUUAGACCAUCCUACAAAAACAUGUUUACAUGAUCGCUCUACCAGCUAUAAAUGAACUGGCUCUCGUUCUGUCUGGGUUCUACCUUUCCAUGAUGGGGCGUAUUCAGUAUGGCCGCGUGUAGCAUAGCACUGAUCUGAAGUCACUUACCUGAAAUAUGUCGUGGUGACUUCCUGAAUACGCCCCCAUUGUUUCUUCUGCUCGACUCCUGUAUUAAUGGCAAUCUCUGGUAGAUGCUACAUGCGCCCCAUCCAUAGUUUUUACACAGUAACAAGGCGCAGUUAUUUUGGGUGCAAAUUAAUUGAAUGUGCCAUCAGGGAAAUUAAACAGUUUUCAUAAAGAUAUGAGUGGUUACAGGGGUCUGUUAAAGUUAAACCCUAACUUUUUAAAUACAACCCCCC